AUGUACUAUGUUGUCUUGGAAGUGGAAACGGCGCAUUUAAUUGAGAUUCCUAAGGACCAAUGUCGAAUCGCCAAAAUAUCUUAUCAGUUUGUCAAUGCUGAGACUUUACAGGUUCACUACCAGGAAAACCAGGCUCCAUUGCAUAUAAUUUCUGAGAACGAUAGUACCAAUUUGCAUGAAGCUGUUGCAAAUUUGAACGAAGAGAUCAAUAGAAUUGCCGGUGAUGAGCCAUUUGUUCUAUGUUCACUAAAUUCAACAUGGCAUCUCCGCGUCACUCUAUCAAGACAGGCAAGGGAUCAGAAUUUUGCCCUUCCAUCAUAUUUACAGCAUCCCAAGAUAUUUGAUUUGUGGAAGGAAUACGAGAGAUGGUGUGUAAAUCAUCCCGAGGUAAUGCCAUUGAGGAAAAAUGGCGGUAGACGUAUGAAGGAUGUUGCGGAACUGGCAAGAGUUUUAGAUAUUAAUGGGCUGAACUUUAACGAUUCUUCAUUUGACCUUUCACGUAGUGUGGAAAUUCUUCUACGAUUGCAUCAAAGGUGUUCUACACCUGAAGAUAUGGCAAUGGUUUUAACCCAUCCCUACGAUUCACACAUGGACGUUCGCAAUUUUCUGCAAGAAUGUUCCAAAGUAUUGUAUUUGAACAAUUUACCGCCGGAUACGACUCAAAGCGAAUUGGAAUCGUGGUUCACACAGUUUGGAGCAAGGCCAGUUGGAUUCUGGACGGUUAAAAACAUUGUGGAGGAGACUUCAAAUGUUAAUAACAAUUGGAGUAUGAACAAUUCACCAUAUGUGGAGGAACAAGAUAGUAUUUCGGGAUUCGUGGUUUUCCAGACUCAUGAAGAAGCCACAGAAGUUCUCACCUUAAAUGGUAGAUCUAUUUUAUCUAAUAUGGCAAAUACAAAGCAGCCAAGAGUUGUCGAACACAUUGUUGAAAUUCAACCUUCGUCAACAAGGGUCCUUGAUAGAGCUCAAGAAAUUUUAUCUCCUUUCCCACAGAGUAAGAAUAAACCAAGACCUGGCGAUUGGAAUUGCCCUUCGUGUGGCUUUUCAAAUUUCCAGAGACGAACUGCCUGCUUCCGUUGUUCCUUCCCUGCUACCACAGCUGUUCAAGUUAAUACGAAGCAGUAUAUUAGUGGAGGUCCAGCAGCUAAUCUACAGAAUGGAAAAAUUACACCUAGUCCAAGUCAAACUUACUAUCCUCUUAACGUUACUCCAACACAAACUGUACCAACACCUCAAUCUAGACACAAUACAACUAUGACACCGCAUAUGGACCAAAGUAUGGCGAUGUUACAUGGUACUGGAGCUGCAGGUGCGGGUGGUAAUAAUUACCGCUAUCCUGGUGCACAAUCAUUGAAUUUUGUUGCUAAUAACGUUAACAAUGGUAAUGGCAAUGGUAAUAAUAAUAGUGGUAGUAAUAAUCGUUACAACGGCCAAGGAAACGGUGGGUCGAAUGUUCCAUUUAGAGCGGGUGACUGGAAAUGUCCCUCUUGUAUUUAUCACAACUUUGCCAAGAAUGUUGUAUGUCUACGUUGUGGUGGUCCCAAAAUUACAGCUGUAGAUCUGGAGAAUGCAGCUACUACUAGUAAUAAUAUUAAUAAUAAUAAUGGUGUCAACCAACACGAUGCUAAAGUGGUGGCUAAGAACAACAGCGUUAGUCUAUUAGAUUUGACAUCAAUGGGCUCAACGGUAUCGUUAAGUGAUAAGUUACCAAAUGGUAACGCUACGAGUUCGGCAGCUUAUGAUGGGUUUGGUGUAGCAUUGGAUUCUAGAAGUGUUUCGGAACCCAAAUGGUGA